AUGAGUCUAAUGGCACCUGCCGCUACUCCUGAGAAGGGGAAGCGAUCAGUGACUUCCGCAAUCGCUCCUCAGCGCGCUCCGAAGAUGGCGCGACAAGAUUCCCUUACAUCUACCGCUGAUGAGUCUCCAGAUUCUGCCAUCCACUAUGGCGUAUACAUGCACGAUCUUCUCAAAGAUUCAGGCAGCGCAGUGUCACGACUCAUUACUGUGUCUGAAGACUUCACCAGUGCCUACGAAGCCAUGCGUAAGCAUGCUGCUGGGGAAAUUAAGGCAAACGUACACUGGGGCGCGACAAGAGAGCUAAACACUAAUAACCUUUACGAGAUAUUGGACAGUAGAAACCGUAUUCUUCUGCGCUACGAGUUGGACGCAGUCUCCUCUGUUCGUCAAGACACCAACGGUGAUCGUAUCUGGCAGCGUGCCAGCGCAUCGCCUGCUCUGCCUGUACAUUAUGGUAUGUACAUCGACCUGCACUGCGAUACCAGGGAUGAAGCAGAGCAUUUCUUCAUUGGUGGCUUCAAGAGCCUUGGUGAAGCCAAUCAUGCGAUGAAGCAAUCAGCGGCCAUGUACCUCCAAGGCCAUGGCGAAACCAAGUUGUACGAUAAGAGCAUCGAGGUGAUGAAUGAGAAGGGACAACUCCAGUGA